GGAAGGAACGCACAAACCCCACAGAGACUCUCCUCGCUGAAGGUCCCUUGUCCUACGCGUGCAGAGCAGAGGUGAUGAGUGUGUGCGGGAGGAAGGCUCUGACGCUGCUGAGCAGUGUGUUUGCUGUGUGCAGUCUGGGCCUGUUGGGAAUUGCCGUCAGCACAGACUACUGGCUCUACCUGGAGGAGGGAAUCAUCAUGCCUCUCAACCAGAGCACAGAGAUACGCAUGUCCCUCCACUCAGGCCUCUGGAGAGUCUGUUUCCUGGCAGGAAAAGAGAAGGGACGUUGCUUCACCAUCGAGUAUGUCAUGCCUGUGAACGUCCAGAUCACAUCAGAGUCCACAGUCAGCGUCCUGAAGAUGAUCCGCUCAGCCACACCGUUCCCACUGGUCAGUCUUUUUUUCAUGUUCAUCGGCUUCGUUCUGAGCAACAUCGGCCAUAUUCGGCCCCACCGCACCAUCCUAGCAUUCGUCUCUGGAAUCUUCUUCAUUCUCUCAGGUCUUUCUCUAGUAGUUGGUCUGGUGUUAUAUAUCUCCAACAUCAACGAUGAGAUGCUGAACAGAACGAAGACAAACGAAGCGUACUUCAGCUACAAAUACGGCUGGUCUUUCGCCUUCGCGGCCAUCUCCUUCCUGCUCACUGAGGCGGCAGGCGUGAUGUCUGUCUACCUGUUCAUGAAGCGAUAUACAGCGGAGGAGCUGUACCGGCCUCAUUCAAAUUUCUACGGGCCGCGUCUCAGUAACUGCUCCGAUUACUCGGCUCAGUUCCUUCACCCGGACGCAUGGACACGAGGACGCAGCCCGUCAGACAUCUCCAGCGAAGCUUCACUCCAAAUGAGCUCUAACUACCCCGCUCUGCUCAAGUGUCCUGAGCAUAUUUCCUCUUCCCCCUGCUGAGCGAGAGAGCUCUGUCACUCGCAAACAUGCACGCACAGAAAGGUUUGACUUGACACAGCGAAUUAAGAUUACUUUAUCAGGAUUUGAUGUGAUUUUUUUUUUUUCUUUUGAGAAAGGGUAUUAUCCAGUUCAGUGUGCCUCAUGUUUCAAUCCUACAGUACAGCUGCUAGUCAUGCUAGCACAGAGCGGAUAUGUUAACUGCCUUUUUCUUGAACGUUUUGUUUUUUGGGAGCAUUUGAUAUGUUU